CUGAAUUUGUAGGUUUCGGUAGGUAGUCUAAUUUGCCUGAUAUGUUAAGCAGAAGGCAGCAGUUUUUCCGGCAUGAAAUUUGAGUGAAGCGCUGAUGGUUUGACGUGUUGGACGUGGAAUCAGCAAGUAGGCUGUGCAUUAUAAUACCACGCUCCCAGACAGCAUCUGCUGGUACGUCAUAUUCUAAAAACGGCCGGCGUUCUUGGAAGUUGGCAAAAGUAGUAAACCCGCUUACGACAGCGCUGAGCGAAAUACAAAGCACGCUGCUGCUUCGAUCACGGUGUUGAGCCUACCCUGCUGCCAUCCCUCCACCUUGCAUUGCUGUGCUUUGCCGUCAUAUGGAAUCCCACACGACAGCCACAUUGUCUGCAUCUGGCGCAAAUGUUGCGGCCAUUUCGAAUUCACAUUUGGCGGUCGGCCAGUUGCCCAGCAUGCAGCCACUACCUCAAAUUCGGGACCCUGAAUGGCUAAAAGUCGAGGUAUGCCGUGAAUUUCAACGAAGUGCCUGCAAACGUACAGCAGAAGAAUGUCGUUUCGCCCACCCUAGUAAAAACAUACAAGUUACGACAGACGGAAAAGUUAUUGCAUGCUAUGACGCGCUAAAGGGCCGGUGUACUCGUGACUCUUGCAAGUAUCUACAUCCGACGUACCAAAUAAAGCAGCAACUCGAAGUUAACGGCCGGCAGACUUUGAUGCAGAAUCGCGCCAUGUUACAGCAGAUGUUGCCUCUACAUCAAAACCUUAUGCAAGCUGUGCCGCAAGGUGGUCUCGUGUAUGAGCCGGUAGCUGGCGCUGCAGCGCAACCGAUGCCGACCAGUCUUCAUGCCGGUUUAUACAGUCCAGCAGUGGCCACUACAGUGCCUGGUUCUUCUGCAUACAGCGUUUUACCUUCAGAUCUGGCCACUUUAAACCCACAUUUGAUGCAAUAUUACCCGAUCUCCCCUUCCCCUGCCCACCAGAUCGCUUUUGCCACCCCAACAACCAGCCACCAGGUGGCAGCAAUGUUACCAGCACCAGGAAGCAUCAGAGCUGACCGGCUUGAGGUUUGCCGUGAUUUUCAGCGUGGUAAUUGCACAAGAGGCGAAUUUGAAUGUCGCUACGGCCACCCUCCCGAUCGUUCUAUGAUAGACGUUACUGACAACACAGUAACAGUGUGUAUGGACUGUAUUAAAGGAAGAUGCACACGGGAGAAAUGCAAAUACUUUCACCCACCAGCUCAUUUGCAGGCGAAGAUACGUGCUGCCCAGAACCCGAACGCCGCCUUCCUACCACAGAUGGCUGCAUCUGGAUCCAUCACGCCACAACCCGCAGUCAUGGCGCCCAAAAGAAUACUCGCCCUGGAAGACAUGAUCGGCAACGGUAGCAGUAUUGGUCAGCCGCCUUUGAAGAGGCAUGCAUUGGAGUCUCCCGCGAUAACAACUGCAACGUCAACACUUGGCAGUUCCCCAGCCCUCCCGCCAUCGCCUAACAGUUCCCACAACGCUGCCACACUUGCAGCUUUGUACAGUUUCAAUGGAAACGCAGCUUUACAAAAUCUUACGGCACUGCCACCCCACGUUUUACAAAGUCAGCCGACUCUGCCCUACUACCCACAAAUGCCGAUUAUGCAGUUAUAUGGUGGCACAGGUAGCGCCAUAGCGCCACCUGCCGCCCAAAGCGCUCCUCUUACAUCCUACAGUUUACCUGUGUCAAGCUCUAACGCAAAUAACGGCUCCACGCCUUCCUAUGCUUUGUUGAACGGCCAAAGCCAGCUUUCUCGAGACUACCUACCCAAACUGAAGGUGCCGAACGUGGCCCACGACAGCGGGCAGCCCACCAGUCUUACUGUGUGCAGGGAUUUCCAAUCCGGAAAAUGCAUUCGUCCAUAUUGUCGUUUCGUUCACGUACGGGAAGAUUAUGUUGAAAUAAAAGACGACAAAGUCACUGUGUGUCGCAAUUUCCUUCAAGGCAAAUGUUCGCGACCCCAGUGCAAGUAUUAUCAUUUCCCAACUCAUUCUAUGACCGACCACCCCCGUGACCACUUCGAAACUUUCACACCGGUUCGCGCAACCAGCGAAACAAGCCCGGACCUAAUGGGUCUUAUAUCCAACGGUCUUGUUACGCCUUCACAGAGGCCUAUACUACAAGGUACUGAGUGCUCACCGAUUUAAGCACGCCUGUGUUUUGAGCACAUUUUUCACCUAUUUGCACCGACUUUUUUGGGAACUUUACACUAUGUUCUGCUCCAGGCGGGACAUUUUCCGCCGUUUUCAAAACGCCUACAGUUACUAUAUAUAUAUAACAGUAUAGGGCCUAAGGUGCGACGGUUACUGUCAACGAAUAGAUAACAGUCCCUCUUCAAGAGGUUAUAAUGUACAUACCAACAUUAAAAAUAAUCACCGUGCUGCUUGGACAUCGUUACCUAACCUAAUGUGUUGUUACUUUAAAAACUUUCUCUCUCUAUAUAUGUUUGUGUGUGUGUGCAUAUUAUAUACCAAUGCACACGGUGACCGUUUUAAGUUCCCGUUUUUUUUUUCGUGUUUUAACCGUUAUAGUUCCCGUUCCUAUACCGUUCCUGUCUUUUGAUCACGAAGGUGGCGUCUGCUGUACUGUGACUUAUCGACGGUAAACCUUUUUUCGUCACACACUUCUAACUAGUGAAGACUGCUAUCGGCUUGUUUUUAUCCACAGUAAACACUGUAAGUGAUUUUACGCUACAGCGCCACCCAACGACGACAUUGCCUUGUAUGCCCAACGGAUUUUCUUUUUUCGCUCGAAAAGUUCCAAUUUUCAACGCGGCUUUCGAAACCUGCAAACCCUGUGCACUUAACGGUCGCCGCGCGGCUAAAACGUCAAAAUUAAGCUUGGCAGUUCCAUUUCGAAAUAGGCAAUAUGUGUUACAGUGUUAUAUAUAGCGAGAAAGCGCCCUAGGCAUGACUAGUGCAAUCUGCUGGCUGUCCGCAUUUGACAGUCUUUGGUCAUAUAAUAACUUGCUCGCAACUUUGGUCUUCAACUAACGCAAAAUUCAAUUGCGCUGCGUCGCGCCGCACACCGCAUCACUGCGCGUGCCUUUUCACGUGAAAACACCGCUUUAGAAGGGUACAUAGUACCGCCCCCAUACGCCCCUACUCCCGCCUAGGUGCCUUCGUCUAUUCUUAAAGCGCUUUUAUUUAUUGUCUUAUGUUUAAAACAAGUAAAGCGCAGCGCUAGUAAUGCACCCGAACACAAGUCAUCAAGCAGCGAGUUAAAAGUCUCCGAAUAAACGUCAUUCUGCCACUUUUGCAGACGCUUGUUGCUCUAGAAACAUGACACCUAUGAACAUGUACAUACUAACCUACUUACGUGUCCUUAUAUUUUAACUUGUUUGUAAAUAGUCGUUUCUUUUACACCGGUGAAUAUGAACUGAAAUCUAAACUUUGCGCAUUUUAAAAACGGUUUUACAAUUUCUUUUUUAGACGAAAUUUAGUGUUCCAACUUUUUAAGUCUCGUUAAAUAACCUUUCAAUACAAGUACCACAUAUGUUGAAUGCACUUGUUAUUCUAAUCAAUAUGUCUUUUAACAAGUUCCCCGCGUGAAUAUUUUGUCUUAUAAAUUUACGCGAUAAAAUUCGUGCUGUUGGUAUAAAAUUAGAAAGUAAAAAGGCCUAUUUUAAUUGGGUACAUUUUUGUGUUUUUUUUUUAAAUAAAGACUAUUGUAGCGUAAAAUUUUGAACAAAUAACUAGUCACAAAAUGCAUUGGAUAUUUUUAUUAAAUUUGGUCAAGAAAACAAUUUUGAAGUUUCGUAUAUACAUUGUAACAAUUAUAUUUUCGUAUCUGUUUUGGGUUUUUGUCGUAAAUAUUCAAAAAAAAUAUUCUUGGUCAUUAACAAAGUGUAAUUACUGAUUAAAUUGAAAUAAAAUGUAUCGGAACAUA